AUGGCGACCACGGUAUUUGUCGAAAAUAUAAGAUCAUACAAUAAUAUGUUUUGCUUUACAUCGAUGGGAGGAAAAAUCGACUCAAGUUUAAACAGAGGGGGCUCACCACCUGUAUUCAGAUUGCAUGGACAAAACUACCAUCUGAUGGGCAGUCUUUUGCCGCCUGAAGGAGAUGUGCCGAAGUUUGCUCAAUUGUAUAUUUAUGACACUGAAAAUGAAGUGAUGAACAGGAUACGAUCUGUGAGGAAAAAUAGUGACAUCAACACUCUUCAUGCGGAAAUUGUCUCUGACUUGAAGUUGAUGCUAGACCAAAGUAAUGUGUUGGUUAAGUCGUUCAGAAUGGUUAGAGAUAAAAUGCAUGAAGAAGACAUUUAUGAUGUUAGGCUCAAUUUAAUUGGUAGAAGGGAUCGCGAUGCAAGGACAUACAAUAUGCCGUCCACAAAUGAAGUUGCGGCACUUAUUGUAGGGGAUUUCGAUUCAGCUAUUGGUGAAAGAGAUAUUUUAGUUGAAACUCAAUCUGGAGAACUUAAGCGAAUAAAUGAGCUCAAUGCUUCAUACCUAGCUCUUCAAUAUCCAUUGCUUUUGCCAUACGGGGAAGAUGGUUAUAGGGAGGAUAUUCCAUUAACAAAUUCAAAAUUAGUUACAUCUGCUCGAAGGAAAAAAGUUAGUAUGAGAGAGUACUUUGCCUAUAGAUUGCAAGAAAGAGACUGUGAAUCACCACAUAUUUUAUUCUCUAGGAGACUCUUCCAACAAUUUGUGGUCGAUGCUUACACGAUGGUUGAAUCUUCACGCUUAGCUUAUUUACGAACUCAUCAAAGAGAGUUGAGAUCAGAAAUGUACAGUGGCUUGACAGAUGCAGUAUUACGAGGAGAGAUUGACCCUUCAACGCAGGGUAGACGUGUGGUUUUGCCAUCUUCUUUCACUGGCGGUGCACGGUACAUGAUACAGAACUAUCAAGACGCAAUGGCGAUAUGUAGGUGGGUUGGUUAUCCAGACCUGUUUAUUACAUUUACAUGUAAUCCGAAGUGGCCAGAGAUAGUUCGUUUCGUUGAGAGCAGAGGAUUGAGACCCGAUGAUCGUCCGGACAUAAUUUGUCGAAUUUUUAAGAUCAAAUUAGACCACUUGAUUAAAGAUCUUCGUCACAAUAAGAUUUUCGGUACAGUCAGAGCAGCUAUGUAUACAGUGGAAUUCCAAAAGCGUGGACUGCCACAUGCGCACAUUUUGAUAUUUUUGUCUAAGGAAGACAAGUAUCCAACCGGAACUGACAUUGAUCGCAUAAUAUCAGCUGAGAUUCCAAACAAAGAUUUUGACCCAAGCUACUAUUCAGCAGUUCGCGAUUUCAUGGUGCACGGCCCAUGCGGCAGUUUGAGAAGCAGUUCUCCUUGCAUGUCUAACGGCCGAUGUACAAAACAUUUUCCAAAGAAGUUCGUAGAAUCUACUAAUGUUGAUGAUGAUGGUUAUCCAGUGUACCGAAGAAGAAAUGACGGUAAAACUUUGUUGAAAAAUGGUGUUGAGCUUGACAAUAGAUAUGUUGUGCCCCAUAAUCGCUAUCUGUUGUUGAAAUAUGGUGCUCAUUUGAAUGUAGAGUGGUGUAACCAAUCCAGAUCUAUCAAAUAUUUGUUCAAAUAUGUCAACAAAGGACAUGAUCGAGUUACUGCAGCUUUUUACAAAAGUAGCGAGGAUGAUGAUGCAGGUAAAAAUGUUGACGAAAUAAAUAUGUACUAUGAUUGUAGGUACAUUUCACCAUGUGAGGCAACUUGGAGAAUUUUUGGGUUCGAGAUCCAAUACAAAGAUCCUCCUGUUGAGCGUCUGAGUUUUCAUCUUCCAAACCAACAAAAUGUUAUGUUUUCUGAUUCUGAUCCGAUUGAUCAAGUGGUAAAUCGACCUUCUGUGAACCAGAGCAUGUUCCUUGCAUGGAUGGAUGCUAAUAAAAUAUACCCUGAAGCAAGAGAACUAACUUAUGCAGAAUUUCCCAAUAAGUUUGUUUGGAAGCAAUCGGUUAGAGAAUGGCACCCGAGGAAACGUGGAUUCUCUAUUGGACGUAUAUUCUAUGUACCUCCGGGUUGUGGAGAAAUGUAUUACUUGAGAAGCCUCCUAAAUAUAGUUCGUGGGCCAACAAGCUUCGACGAAUUGAAAUGUAUUGGUGGUGUUCAAUACAGUUCUUACAGAGAUGCUUGCUACGCACUUGGAUUGCUAAAUGAUGACAAAGAAUAUGUUGAUGGUAUCGUAGAGGCAAGUCACUGGGGAUCUGCACAUUGUUUGACAAGUCUUUUUGCAACUUUGUUGUUGUCUGAUUCUUUAUCUCGACCCGAAAUUGUGUGGGAAAAAUGUUGGCAAUACCUCUCUGAUGAUAUACUUUACAACCGACGAAACAUGUUGCAACAUGAAGAAUUGGAAUUGACUGAAGAAGAAAUAAAAGGUUAUACUCUUGUGGAGAUAGAAAAGAUACUGAGAAGCAGUGGAAAGGGUUUGCGAGAUUUUCAAUCAAUGCCGUUCCCAGAUACAGAAUAUUUUUCCUGCUAUCAAAAUAGACUUAUACAAGAUGAAUUACGAUACAACAGAAAUGAUUUAUCCCAAGAGCACAUUAAAUUGGUGUCUAGUCUAAAUGAUGAACAACGACAUGUCUAUGACAUUGUAAUGAAUGCAGUGAAGUUGAAUAGAGGUGGUAUGUUUUUUGUAUACGGAUAUGGAGGAACUGGCAAGACCUUUGUGUGGAAAACUCUAUCCGCAGCUCUAAGAUCGAAGGGAGAAAUCGUGUUGAAUGUAGCAUCAAGUGGAAUAGCAUCUCUCCUUCUACCCGGUGGUAGGACUGCUCACUCCAGAUUUGCAAUUCCACUAAAUUCGAAUGAAGAUUCAACUUGCAACAUUAAACAGGGAAGUCCUCUUGCAGAGUUAAUAAUCAGAAGUAGUCUUAUCAUUUGGGACGAGGCUCCUAUGAUGAAUAAAUAUUGUUUUGAGGCUUUGGAUAAGAGCAUGCGAGAUAUUCUAAGGUUCAGUAACCCAAUGAGUUAUGAAUUACCAUUUGGAGGGAAGGUAGUAGUUCUCGGAGGGGACUUUCGACAAAUAUUACCUGUGAUUCCAAGAGGUACUAGACAAGAUAUCGUGCUUGCAACCAUCAAUUCAUCGUACCUAUGGAGAAAUUGUAAGGUAUUGAGAUUGACAAAGAACAUGAGGCUCCAAAAUGUUGAAUCUGAUGAAGACUUUAUCAACUUAAAGUCUUUUUCUGAAUGGAUAGCAAGCAUAGGGGAUGGAACAAUUGGCGGUCCGAAUGACGGUAAUGCGGUUAUUGAUAUACCGGACGACCUGUUGUUGAAUGCAUUAGAUGAUCCUGUUACCUCAAUCGUGAACAACACGUAUCCAAACUUUACUUCUAAUGUCAAUGAAACUGAAUAUCUUCAAGGUAGAGCUAUACUAGCACCGACUCUUGAUGUUGUGGAGACUGUCAAUGAGUACAUGAUUUCACUUAACGCAGCUGAGGCAAAUACAUACUUAAGUUCAGACACAACUUGCAGAUCAGAUUGUAAUGUUGAUAUUUUACAAGAUCUUCACACGCCUGAAUUUUUAAAUGCAAUUAGGUGUUCUGGCGUGCCGAACCAUGAAUUGAAGCUAAAGGUUGGCACUCCGGUUAUGCUGUUGAGAAACAUAGAUCAUUCCGUAGGGUUAUGCAAUGGCACUAGGUUGGUUAUCACAAGAACUGGAAACCAUGUUCUUGAGGCAAAAAUUAUGACAGGCAGCAAUGCUGGACAUAAGGUUCUUAUUCCAAGGAUGACAUUGACCCCAUCUGACUCUAGGCUGCCUUUUAGACUACGAAGGAGGCAAUUCCCUCUUAUUGUGUCGUACGCAAUGACAAUCAACAAAAGUCAAGGUCAAUCACUGUCUCAUAUUGGGUUGUACUUGAAAAAACCAGUUUUCAGUCAUGGACAAUUAUACGUAGCUGUUUCUAGAGUUACAAAUCGCAAAGGAUUGAAAAUUUUGAUUUGUGACAAAGAUGGGAGCCAGACAAAUUCAACGACAAAUGUAGUUUUUAAAGAGGUUUUUCAAAAUUUAUAG